ACCAAAUUUAGAAAAACCCUCAUUUCAAAAGCCACACUUCAAGUCUUCACUCUUCAACGGCUCUUCCGGUCUUCCCCUCUUCGAGUCUUCGCCUCUUCUCCUCUGUACGCCGCCGUCAACAGCUCUUCUCCUCUGCCUCUCGCCGGAUCUCGUCGGUGGUUCGUCGGACCCCUCCCUCUUCGAGUCUUCACUCUGAUUCGCGCCUCUAUCUCUCUGCCUCCAUUCCUCGACCUCCCAUUCUUGCCGCCGGAGUAUCUCUUCUUCAAUUGAGUUUCUCAUUUUGCAUAUUUACCGGGAAAAGGUGUUUUGCUACCAAGUCACCAGACACUAACCUUUGCAUCAUGAAGAAAGAUCUCCUGACUUUGAAUCUCACUUUCAUUUCCCUUGAUUGGAUCUGCUCUUAGCCACAGCCUCAGCCUCAGCUUGCCCACAGAUCUGUUUAUCAAAAGCAUCUAAUGGUAAAGACAUCCAAGAGUUUUGUUGAAGCACUACAAUACAUUCUCUCUUGUUGGAAAACGUGCAAACAUUGUGAAGCUUGUUUCCCUGUCUGGUAUUGUGAAGUAAUGCGAACCCGGAUAAAACAAGGGUGCAAGAGAAAGAAGUGGCUAUGCACAAGUUCAACUCAAAAGUUAUGCAGAUUUCAUAUAAUCCAUGUCACCCCUUCAGGCUUAUACCAUUUCUUCAUUGUAUCUACACCAGCACAACAUCUCAUCAAUCCAUUUACCAUUCGAAUCAGCUUCUUAAUGGGUUGUCAAAAUCUGGUCGAGUGGAUGAUGCCCGGAAAUUGUUCGACAAAAUGCUCCAGAGGGAUGAGUAUACUUGGAACACCAUGAUUUCCAUUUAUGUUAAUGUGGGAAGAUUGGCUGAGGCAAGAGAUAUUUUUUACCGGUUUUCAGGAAGAAGUUCCAUCGCAUGGUCCUCCCUCAUAUCUGGGUAUUGCAGAUUUGGGUAUGAAAGUGAAGCUUUUGAUUUGUUUAGGUGUAUGAGGUUGGAGGGUCAGAAUCCAAGCCAAUACACUCUGGGAAGUCUUCUGAGGGCGUGUUCAGCAUUGGGUUGGAUCAAAAGUGGAACAUUGAUUCAUGGGUAUGUGAUAAAGAACGGAUUUAAAUCCAAUGUGUAUGUUGUUACUGGACUUGUUGACAUGUACGCCAAGUGCAAAUACAUUUCAGAAGCUGAGUUUCUCUUCAAGGGGUUGUCCUUUGACAAGGGAAAUCAUGUACUGUGGACUACCAUGGUCACUGGUUAUGCUCAAAAUGGUGAUGGCUUUAAGGCAAUUGAGUUUUUUCGGUACAUGCGUAGGGAAGGGGUUGACUCCAAUCAGUUCACUUUUCCUAGCAUAGUGACAGCAUGUUCAGCAGUUUCAGCUCAUUGUUUUGGGGAACAAGUGCAUGGUUGCAUUAUACGGAGUGGUUUUGGAUGCAAUGUAUACGUUCAAAGUGCAUUGGUUGAUAUGUAUGCAAAAUGCGGAGAAUUUAAUAGUGCAAAAAGAGUGUUGGAAACUAUGGAGGAGGAUGAUGUUGUUUCAUGGAACUCUAUGAUAGUUGGCUGUGCAAGACACGGGUUUGAAGACGAAGUUCUAGUCUUGUUUCAAAAGAUGCAUGCAAGGAACAUGAAAAUUGAUGAAUAUACAUUCCCAUCUGUCCUGAACUGUUGCGUAAUAGGACUUAUAGAUUCGAAAUCUGUUCAUUGCUUAAUAAUCAAGACAGGGUUUGAGAAUUAUAAACCUGUUAGCAAUGCUCUUGUUGACAUGUACGCCAAAACUGGGAAGCUAAGUUGUGCAUUUUCAGUAUUUGGAAGGAUGCUUGAGAAGGAUGUUAUCUCAUGGACCUCUCUUGUCACAGGCUAUGCACAAAAUGGCUUGCAUGAAGAAUCCCUUAAAACUUUUUGUGACAUGAGAAUUGCCGGAGUCGGUCCAGACCAAUUUAUUUUUGCGAGUAUUCUGAGUGUCUGUGCAGAACUGACUGUUCUAGAAUUUGGUAAACAAGUGCAUGCAGACUUUAUUAAAUCAGGUCUUAAGUCAUCAUUAUCAGUAGAUAACUCUCUUGUGACAAUGUAUGCAAAAUGUGGAUGCUUGGAUCAUGCUGAUACUAUUUUUAUUUCAAUGCAAGUCCAGGAUGUAAUUACUUGGACAGCUCUUAUUGUUGGUUAUGCACAGAAUGGGAAAGGAAGAGAAUCCUUAAGAAUUUAUGAUGCUAUGGUUUCAUGUGGUACAAAACCAGACUAUAUCACAUUUAUAGGAUUAUUAUUUGCUUGUAGCCAUGCCGGUCUUAUGGAAGACGGUCAUAUAUAUUUUCAGCAAAUGAAUAAGGUUUAUGGUAUAAAACCUGGCCCUGAACACUAUGCCUGUAUGAUUGAUCUUUUUGGACGCUCAGGAAAGCUUGAUAAGGCAAGAGACUUACUAGAUAAAAUGGAUGUGGAGCCAGAUGCAACUGUAUGGAAGGCACUCCUUGCUGCAUGUAGAGUGCAUGGGAACUUGGAAUUAGGUGAAAGAGCAGCCACGAAUCUUUUUCAUUUGGAACCAAAGAAUGCAAUGCCUUAUGUUAUGUUGUCUAACAUGUAUUCCGCAGCUCAUAAAUGGGAUGAAGUUGCAAAAGUUCGAAAGUUGAUGAAAUCAAAAGGAAUAGUUAAGGAGCCUGGAUGUAGUUGGAUUGAGAUCAACGGCACGGUACAUACCUUCAUUUCUGAAGAUAGGGGACAUCCAAGGGUGGCUGAGAUUUAUUCCAAGCUUGAUGGAGUUAUAACACGAAUUAAGGAGGCUGGCUAUGUUCCUGAUAUGACUUUCUCUUUGCAUGACAUGGAUAGAGAGGGAAAGGAGGCCAGUCUUGCUUAUCAUAGCGAGAAACUGGCUGUUGCUUUUGGAAUUCUUGCUUCUUCACCAGGUGUCCCAAUUCGGAUUUUCAAGAAUCUCCGAGUAUGUGGAGACUGCCAUUCUGCUAUGAAAUAUAUAUCAAAAGUUCUGAAUCAUCAUAUAAUAUUAAGGGAUUCAAACUGCUUUCAUCAUUUUAAAGGAGGAGAGUGUUCUUGUGGGGAUUAUUGGUAGGAAUAGGAUUUUCUUUUGUCCUCGUACAAAUCACUCAUGCAGCUUCAAGGGGAACUUAUACAUCUAACAUCUAAAUCUUCUAGAGCUUGUCUAUUGUGAAAUUGUCAUGAUGACAUUUUGAUCAUUUACCCCACAACGAUCCUACUUGUACACAAUAUUGUUACUUCAUGGAUAUUUGAAUCACUUUGGUUGUCUCAUAUAUCUUAAAAACAGAAGCACCACUACAGUAUAUUGUCCUGCAAGCGCGCGGUGGUAGAUAUACUGUGAAACCUGGUGAGUCUCCUGUUGGGAUGGUGAUUUUGUACUGCAGCAACAAGGAUCGUCGUGUUAACCUAAGGGUGUGGAUUUUGCUAUGUUUGUUGCAUGGUUACCUCAUUUUUUGCAUCUGGUUGUCAAGUUUUAAGGGGCUGUCUAAAUGCUAGGGAACAGAGUAUAAUUUUUCAGACUGAUGAUGGAGAUUGUGAUGACUGAUGAUGUAUUUCAGUUCCUGAAAGUACCUGCUAUUUGCUUGAAUUGGACGAGAUGCACAUUGCAUUACUUGUUAAUUGGAACUCGGAGCAACAUCUUUUUCUCAAAUGGUGAUUGGUGAAGGAGGCACGGACCCGUCAGAAACCUACUUGUUAAUUGGGCACUUUUUAUUUACAAGUAAAAUUAUUUUGGGGGGUCAUUUUCUCAUAGCUUCUACUGGUAGUGGUCAAAGUCAAGUAGUGCCUCAUUUGACACCUUUGUUCAUUUUUCCACAAUAACCAAUAAUAGAAUGUUCUCUCCUUCUUAGGAAACUUCAAAGUGGAAAGUGAAUGCAUAAUUUCCACGGUGAAACCGUGUUUGUACAUGCAUGACAAAUGACAAUAAUGCUAUAUAAAAACACACACACUUAUUUUAUACACACGAGCCUUUUCUUCCACUUCGAGAACAAAAGAAUAUAUAUAAUGGUGACAAAGUAUAGUAAUUUUGCUUUGCUUACUGUUGCGGUGACGCUUCUGUUUAGACGAUGAAUAAGGGAAGAAAUUGUUAUUAUUUAAGCCAUUAUUUUUUUUAAUUUAGAAUUUGCUAUGCCUAUUCUAUUCAAAACCAUGUAAUAAAUACUAUGAAUAAUCAUUACUAUAUUCGGUGAGGUUAGUCAUAUGGAUCAUUCAAGGCCAGCGAAUUAGUGAAAGCAUUUAAGUUGCGUUUAUAUACAGGUUACAGGCACGCGUAAUAGUGUAGGAUGGAAUUAUAUUUGUAUUAAAUUAGUAUA